UUGGCAUCAUCCUCGAGCUAAUAAGUGCUACUUUGCCUGCGACCUUGCCGUCGCGCAGGUCUCAUUGGGCGCAAGACCAACCACGUCCCAGAAAGUUUCUAAUUCUCUGUUUCAAGAUCGCCUCUCUCAAAUCACGCGCGUCAUAUUCCCCUCAUAUCUUCAACUAUUUGAAGCACAAUGUCGAUAGCAGCUCCUCCUUCACCACAGGAGAUCUCUCGCAAGCUCUCGACACACUCGAUAUCCCGCAGGUCUCCAAGGCCGUCGCAUUCAACUCCGGGGCUUGUCUCUGGUACCGAGUCCGAGUCUGACCUUUCCGCCGAUACUGUCACACCCAUGGCAACUGCAUUCUCGGGUAGCAUCAUCGCGCAACCUCAUCUUUCCUCCAUCGCCGAGCGACGCUCCAGUGCGGGUGAAGAUUCGGAUGAGGACGAGGACGAUGACGGUACCGGAACCGGAUGGCGGACCCCCGCACAUUUGAAGGCGCAAAAGGAAGAGACCCAAAUCAAAGCGGGAUAUUUAUGGAAGAAGGGCGAGCGGAGAAAGACCUGGAAAAAGCGAUGGUUCGUUCUUCGCAGGGCGCAUAUUGCCUAUUACAAAACCGCUGCCGAAUAUGAGCUCCUCCGACUGCUCGACCUCUCCGAUGUGCACUCAUGUACCAAGGUUGUGUUGAAGCGACACGAUAACACAUUCGGCCUGAUCUCGCCGUCGCGGACGUUCUAUCUGCAGGCGAAGAAUCCGCAGGAGGUCGAGGGAUGGGUGCGUGCUAUCGAAGAGGCGUGUGAGGCACUCAAAGCUACGGAAAGCGGCGGACAAACACAACCUAUUCCCAUUCCUGCCAGCCCAUCGCGGGGCCGCAUGAGGAACAGCGUUCAAUUUGGUGGAACAUCUGCGCCAGCGUUGACUCCAUCACCGCCGUCGAAUUAUGGCCCCGGAUCGUAUAUGACCUCAUCGGACUCUGACGACGCUUCGCCCAUCGGCCAGCGGGCAUAUUCGCUGUCCUCCCAGACCAGAACUAGCAUGAGCUAUGGUGCACCGGGCAGCUCGCCCAAUGCUGGGUCCAAGAUGUCUGCACCCGCCGACCCCAGCAAGGCUCUCAUGGCUGGUUACGUCAUGAAGUGUAGCUCGAAGCGCAAAAACUGGAAGAAACGUUAUUUUGUGCUUAGCUCAGAGCAACUGAUGUAUUUUGGGAGUCACAUGGACACCAAACCUCAUCGACGAUUUCCCUUCUCCGAGAUAUUGGACGCACUGGAGUUCGAUGUGGCGACUCGCGGCGGAAGCUCUUCGGUCUCGUCACCUCCACCGUUGCUCGAUGGAGAUCAUCAGGAACACACUUUCAAGAUCGUCACGACGAAGCGGACCCUUCUAAUCUGUGCUCCGAGUGAAGAAGAUGAGAUCAAGUGGCUCGGUGCCGUGCGCGCGCUGAUUGCUCGUCGUGCGGGAGGUGGAGGCGUCCCUGGAGAGGGCCAGAGUGUCAAACAGUCAACUGGACACGAAGUGACUGCAUCGACGGGGUCCGGUGUGUCAACGAAGGAAAAGGAAGGCAGUACGAGUGGGUUGAUCACGCGGGUCCGUCGCUUAAGCGCCAGUGCCAAUGUGAGCACGGGCGUUCCAGGAGACGGAUAAAAGCGCCGCACUGCUUGCUUUACACCCUUCUCCCUUUGAUCCCCCGACUGCUUUCCUACUGCUCUUGCCGACUACCUUGCAGGUCGACUGCUCCUCUCACACACCCAUCCUUUCUACCCCGGAUCUCUACUCAUCAUCCAAUCAUUGCUUGACUCAAUCUGGAUGGCAUAUCAACCCGAAUAUCUUGAAAACGCGAAGUGUAACCAGUACUACAAUACCUGAUCGCCCAACUUGACCUCACUCGAAUAGGGCUGCCUGUCAUUUUCCAUAAUAACACGUAGGCUGGAUUGUUCUGUCUUUCUUGGCGUCGGCUCUGGUCGCGCUGCCGCGUUGCUCAGUCUCUGCGGGCGCCUAAGUGGCCCUGCGACUGAUUGCAUGAGCGCCAUGUGACGUGACUGUGACUGUAUGCAUCAAUUCUGCGCGCUUGUUCUUUUCUUUUGCUAGUACGACCAACCGGCGGCCGUAGCCUGCCAAAUUGGCUCAGGUCCCGUUCGACCGUCGAGAAGAUGACUUGUCAGGAGGAUGGAUUGGAUAUGCCCGCCGAAUAAGCUCCGACACGCACAUCAUCGACUGACGCCCAUAUGCAUGCUUAUCUUGGGAACCGAGGCCUCGUUGACGAGAAUGCACCGGGAUACCACGAGCACGUCCGACUCGCCCGACAUGAGGUAUGAGGGGCAGACCAUCCAGGAGGCGGUGAAUCGCAUGCACGAAGCCAUGGUCCCGGGCUCUGCUGGAGGCAGUAGUCAUGGCGGGGUUAAUGGAUCGAUAGAUGGAACGGGAAUUUGCCGGACGCGGCAGGUCAGAUCUAGAACAAGAACAUCGCGGGUAGAUCGACAGGAUCUGUUCGUAAACAGACCCAAACAGGCAUGGGUGCUUAGGGUCUCCAUUCCGCAAAUGGAUCUUGACUUCACGAACCGGCCUUGCGAACUACGGCGAGCUGCGACUACAUAUAACAGCCACGGAAUGCAUGGAUGCGGCACAACCCAUUCAUAACUCCCCUCCGCCCUCCUUCUGAUCCACUUCAUCUUCCUACGACACACUCGACUUCUCUUAUCUGUGCAUAUCCUCCAGCAUGCCCAAGACCCUAAAAUCCAAAGGCCCUGUCCGUGUAAAGAGCGGCUGCCACACAUGCCGUAUCCGUCGAAAGAAAUGCGAUGAGCAACGAGACUCGGAGGGAUCUUGUACAACAUGCAUUCGCCUUCACAUCCAGUGUCUCGGGUUCGGAGGCAGACGUCCUCCCUGGCUCCAGGAUCGACGAAAUGUGAAGCGGACAUGCGACAAAAUCAAAGCUUUCCUAGCAACACAAGGCCUGAUCAAAGGUCACUCUGCCUGCGGUCGUCGGGUCGCUGUCGAUGAUGCUCUCUUUCUUCGUCUCGACGACGACACCACCCCAUCAUCUAGCGAGAGUCCAUCUACCUUAGAGUCGUCUCUCCCUCCCAUGCUCCACUUCUCGCCUCCUCAUCACGAUACCGCUCUCGAUGAGCGCGACGAGGAUUAUGGCCAGCAGUGGACCGAUCCCUACGAAACCUCGCCCCUAGUCUUUUUCCCCGGGCGCCCAUCUCAAGAUUCCUCGCAAAACGAAAUAUAUUGUAAUUCUUUUAGCAUAGAAAAUCAAUCCUUGACAUUGUCCUCUGGCGAGCUCCAGAGGCAUAGUCUACCUUGCCCAUUUCCGAUUCCUCCCACCCCAUCAGACUCGUUCCACUACAACGGGCGAUGGUCUCAGUAUCCCUUCAAUGCGUCCCCCGCUCCGCCACUGUCCGACUUUGGCCAUGAUCCCCUGACAUACUAUCUGCGCCAUGUGAUGGGAUUGCAAUACGUCUUCGCAGACCGGCAUUACAUCCAAGCAAUCCUUGGGCCUGCUGUUCAGGUUGAAGGGUUUGCGCGGAAAGCUGCUUUGCUGUUGGCUGCGAUACACAAGCAACGGGCGACGCGACAUAUCCCAGGGGAUCGUGCGUUGAAAAGCGGGGACAUUCGAGGCCAGUAUCUGAAGCUACGAAAAUCCCUAUUAUCCAGCAGUGUCGAUCGACAAUCGGCUCUCGUCGCUAACAAAGACCGCGCGCUCGCCACCAUCAGUGUCAUUUCUUCUGUACUGUUUGACGGCGGCCAAGACGAUUGGGGCGAAUGGUUGGACUUAGUGUAUAGCUAUGCCAAGGCCAACGUGUUUCGCAGUGACUUCGACGCGCGCACAGCUCUCCUUGGAGCCGGCGAUCCGGGUCUCUUCAUUGUCAAGAACGGGAUAUGGUUCGAUGUGCUGGGCUCAGUUACCACCGGCGAGUCGCCGCGCUUCUUGAAGUAUAUCCGAGAACUCUAUUCUCCCACGCGCAGCCGGGUACAAAGCAUGGACUUGCUGCCAGAUCACGACUCGUGCGACCGACUGUCGAUGCUUACAACGAUGGGCGCAGAGGACUUGACUGUCCUGGCCCUGGCCGAAGCGAUCAAUCUCUACGAGUGGAAGACGCAACAGAUCGAGCAGGGCUCAUUGGAUGCAAAAGAACUCGUGGACAAGGCAACGCUGAUCGAGCAGUACCUCAACGCGAGCGUCUCUCUCACAUUGCAGAACUCGGAGACCCAUGCUCUCGGUGCUCAGCUCUUCCUCGGGGCAACAAGAGUGUACCUGCGCUCUGUCGUGUCGGGCGACUUUCCUGGAGUGCGCAGCAUCCAAGCAGCGAUCCAGGAGACGAUGUCGACAGCACGUCAACUCUACCACCGGACGCCCAACUCCGCGACUCAGCCAAGCAGUGUCAUCCGAAGCACAGUGUUUGCGUUUUUCAUUUGCGGGGCGUUGAGCGAUGAUCCAAACAUACAACGGGAGGUGGAAGAUGCGUUGUCACUGCCCGGCGAAAAUCCAAACAAUGCAAACGUUGGAAAUAGUCCCUCCAUUCGACGCCUGCUGCAGGUGAUCCGGAACAAGCGAGGAACAAGUCGUGGUCCGGUGCAGUGGCGGCAGUGCCUCAAGUCUUUCAAUCUUCUGCUUGUUUGAUUUUCCUUCUCAUCCUCCUCAUGUUCUUGCCCCCACAUUGCUCCCUCUCAUGUUUUGAAUAUGGUCUACCUAUGCACAUCUCUGUAUUACUACUUCGAUAAUUACCUAUGCGAUCAUCGAUGAACUGGAGAUUCUCUCCCUGUACUUCACCGCCUAGAAUGCUGCCAAGCGCGAGUGAUACUGCCAGGGGCCGCUGCGUCGAUUUGGACCUCGUGCAACACCUGGAGUGCUGUCAAGCGCGGGCGCUACCAUUUCUCGUUCCGUGGGUCGAGAACAAGUUGGCCGUCGGUCGUCCCGAUCGAUAAGAUAAGCCGAAUGGAUGUACAGUCAUGAUUUGCGGUACUCCUCUAAUGAUGACCAACGUGUCGUCGUCUCUCUAAGCCUUUGCAGCGUGAUGACGAAAGCACCAUAUGAAUCCGGGGGGACGGUCCUGCUUCCCGACUCCUUUUCUUUUCGGCUUGAUCACCGCCAGCGCUCAGUCGUGGUGCGCUAUGCCUCGAUCGCAAUCCACCAGCACAGGAUGAUCGAACUCGUAGACAGUCUACGAGUCCGGAUGCUGUGAAUCUGCUUUCCAUUAGACUGCAUAGGAUCCCAGCAUUGGGUCAGAAAGUGUACCAGAAAGCUCAUUGGCAACGUUCUGGAACAGAACACAGCCUCACACUGAGCAUAGCACAACUGAUGUCUCAAUCAGAUCGAAAGCAUAGCUUGGCGGCAUUUGCAAAAUUCGCGGCAAACGAGGUCCAAAAAUAGGGCAUUUGCAAUCAUAUUCAUCCUCUGCAGGUCCGAGCUUUUGCAUUGCCGCAGGCUCCUGGAGAAGAGGAGCAGAACCGCGUGAGUUGCCGUGGGGUUGCCGUCCGCUGACCAGCGAUCAACGCGACAAUCCUGUUGGGAGAGAUCCAGGCCACCGCGAGUGAAGUCUGGCUGACGUCGGUGCAUAGAUACAGGCGUGCUUCAAGCCCGCUUGAGCCCACACGACACGGAGCAAAUCAAGACCCGUGCGUUGACGAGCAUCACGAUCGUAACAAACACACACUAAUUGUGUUUUCUCCCAUGCUGUGCUCCCCCCCACCGUGAGCCAUGGAACCUGGCACGCCUUACUCCUUAGUCUCCUUCGCUACCAGAUCAUUGAAUCAAUGCUAGUCAUAUGGCACGCUUUUUCCCAGGACCAAACGGCUAACCCCUUCCAUCUGGAAAACCCUGUCUCGGCAAUGCAGUCAUCGACGGAUUAGGGAUCCGAGAGAUCGUUUCGUGAGAUCUUUCCGCGCAAAAUAUCUUUAUAGUGGUGCAUGCAUUGGGCAUCGACUCUUGAUCUCGCUCUCUCUCCCGGUAACUCUGUCCGCACACCAUGCCCGGACGUAUGGCAUACAGAAGCUCCCCGCCCUCCUCCUCCGGGAGCCAGUCACCCACAUCAUCAUCUGUCGCGUCCUCCAACGUGUCCCCCGCAUCGGUCAACGUACCCCUAGCCUUUACCCCAGACUCUUCAAUCGAAUCUUCGAGUGCCCGUGCAUCACCACAACGCUACCCAGUCGAUCUGUCGCGAGCAGCUAGUCUCAGCAAGGGUGGAUGCUGGACAUGCCGAUUGAGGAGGAAGAAGUGCGAUGAGAUUCGAGAGGGCGACUCGUGCCAGACGUGCAUCCGACUCGGUAUCGAUUGUCUUGGUUGGGGCCAGAAGCGACCAGAUUGGAUGCGGGAUAAAGAAGCUGUCGAAGCUUACAAAGCCGACAUCAAGGCACAGCUGACACGAGCCGGGCUCAUCCGUGGGCAGCCUCGUAUAUCUAUCUCUACGCGUGGCACGCAGCGGCCACAGUCCAUACAUCGUCGGUCUGUCGAUGCAGUGGAUGGCCUGCCCCCUUCGCACUUCGACCCGAUGGCUGGAACAGACUUGGCAUUCCAGCAACAGUUCAUGGCUCGCCAGGCCGGGAUGUAUGCAGGGAUGACUGGCGCAGCCACGAACUACUCAGCAUUCUAUCAUCCCCCCGGCAUGUCAUUCAGCGAUCCAUUACUUGGGACUGCAUCGGUCGAUUUCAAUUCGGGGAUCUUUGGCAACGGCUACGACCCUUCUCAAAGCCCUGCGCUCGACUUUACGUUUGGCCAACUGAGAACCACCGGGGAUGAGUUCGACAUCAAUGUCCAGCCGCCCUCGCCGCACGGAAUGUCGUUGUUUUCUGGCCACUCCUCGCUCCAGGAGAACCACUGCAUAUACUACUUCGAGCAUGUGCGCAAGAUGCAAUUCAUCUUCGCCGGGAACGCCGUGACGAACGUGACAUGCUCGAUGAUAGUCGAGGAGCCGCGUGGUGCCGUGACCAACGCCGUGUGUGCAUUAGCGAGUCUCCAUUAUACCCGGAUGCGUGUCUCCCACGGGCUGGAGGCCCCCGAUCCUAAUCCAGAGCAUUCCACCGCCAAGUACUUCCACGACGAGGCGUACUUUCAAUUGCACACCGCGAAACAGACGCAAGGCGCGUACGGAGAGAGCGACGCCAUCGCUGCACUGCAUCUUGUCUGGUUUUCGCAGCUUUCUGGCGGUGCUACAGACUGGCAGCCUGUGUUUGCCGUCGCUUGCGACUGGCUUGCACAGCAAACGGAUCUGCUCACGAACGACAACCCCAGGCUAGGGCUUCAGGCUUUAAGCACGGCCGGCCAGUUGAUCGUGAAGCUCACCCUGUGGCUCGAUGUUUUCUCCAGCCUCACGGUGAUGCGCCCCCCAAAAUACCUCGCCUUGUAUCAACAACUCUUCGGCGAUACGGCCAUGUGGACUCUGGAAAGCGAGCAAAUCCACAUGGAGGCUCUCACCGGCUGCCCGGAAUACGUGCUGCUGGGGAUCGCGGAGGUGUCGGCCCUGUCGCACUGGAAGGCUGCCGAGAAGCGGAGAGGGACGCUGAGCAACCGGGAUCUCAUUCGGCGGGGGGACGAAAUCGAGCAGCGCCUGCGGAAGAACGCCGUGAACGCGAAAACGAUCGAGUUCGAUGGGACACCGCUGCACCCGACGCUCGUGCAAGCCGAGUCCGAAGCCGUCGUGGAAACGUCGAUGUUCCCGCCGCUCCCCCAGCGCAAGCUCGUGUCCGAGAUUUUCUCGGAGACGGUCCUGCUGUACCUGCACACGGUGCUGAGUGAUUCGAAUCCGGGGGUGCCUGAGAUCAGCACGUCAGUGGGGACGAUCAUUGGGCUGCUGCGACAGCUGCCGUCGUCCGAGAUCGACCGCGCGCUGGUCUUCCCCAUUUGUCUCGCCGGGUGCAUGACGGACGACUCGACCUGGCGCGAGUUCCUCAAGGGCCGGCUCCAGUCGCUGGACGAGAGCCUCGGCAACUUGAUGCGCACGCGGCUCCUCAUGGAGGCCGUCUGGCAGAAACGGGACGUCAGCGGAAUGGCGGUCGACUGGCGGGAGACGAUGCGGGAGCGUGGGCUGAAUCUGCUGCUGCUGUGAGACGCAAUGAUCUGGGGAUGACGCGGAGGAGGGGGAUACAUACCUUACUAUUUAAGUAUACCAUUCAUCCAUAUCUAACAGUAAUUCCUAAAUGUACAUCUAGUAGCCGGAGGAAACACUUAACGUUCAAUCCAGAGGCGCUCAGUCCGUAGUAAGGAAAGCGCGCGUCCGGUGCAACAACCACCGGCGCUGAUCAGCAAGCAUGCUGGGACUCGGCAUCUCCCGGCUAUCACCUGAAUCACGCGCGCGCGUAACUCAAGGCUCAAGCAGGGCGGGUCUGAUCCCGUCUGUACGUAGAAAGUACGGGAGGUCGCGUCCGAGAGCGCGCAGGAGCUCUGGCCUGCUAGCAGCAGCAAUCGCGCUGCUCGUACUGUUCUGGCUUUGCUUGCUUCGCACCUCUGGAGGGAUUCCCGGGAGAAGGCCAUCCAUCUCUGGGCGGCUGAGGAUCAGCGCCGGCGCCGCUCUCUCCUUCUUUCUUACUCAAGGCGCCUCAGGACGAGUCAUAAUGGGCGCGCCCGCGCAGCAGAAGCAUCUGAUAGCUAUAUGUAUUCUCUAUCUCUGACGGGCGGCCCGCAGACCUGGUCGCAUAUAAAGUCCCAGUGUCAGUCUGGACAGCCCACAAUCCCCUUCCCCAGACCGAGUUGCGCAAUCUACGCCCUGUCCUACUCCAGAUCGCAUCACCCCUGCGCAGUUGUUGUGCCGUAUUAGGAGCCUCCUGCCUGCCGUUCUGCAACCGUUCCAGCAAUCAAGUCUCAAACUCGAGUCUGGCCUGAUCUACCAGUGAUCUACCCCGGCUGCAUCUGCCUCUAUCUGCCUCUUCUCGAGUUCUCUCCAGCCUGCAGGUGAUGUGCACGCCACAAGCGUGAUGGUCAAUACGUUGCCGUGUUUCACCUGAUUCUCGUUCCUGGCUGGUCGGUUCUUCCGCG